CGCUCUCUAUGUCAGGCUUUGUCAAACAAGGCGGCGCGCCUGCUCCCCAGCUUUUCCCGCUCGCCGGCUAUCGGCGCGAACAGCAAACGCAGACAGCGAACAGUUGUUUAUGAAUAUUGUGGGCCCUAAUGGUAUCUCCCCUCCAUCUGUCGGGCCGUGACCUGCGUUAGGGAGGCGGGGGCAGGACGGUCGCGCCCUGUCAAACCCCAUCCGGACGCCCCUUGGAAGCUCACCGGGGGGCCUGACCGAGUCCGUCAUCGCAGCUGCCUGCUCUCGCGUGGGACAGCGGGUCCUGCACGUUGACAGGAGAAGCUACUAUGCUGGAAAUUGGGCCAGUUUCACGUUUAAUGGGCUGCUGUCCUGGAUGGAGGAGUGCAAGGUGCGGUCCGUUGCCAGUGUCGCUGCCUCAAAAUGGAGUAACUUACAGCUGAUCAGAAUCAGGGGGGGCAGAGCUCCGCAGAGGAGGCGACAGACUGGGGGGACAAGCUGGAGGAGGGCGAGGAGGCCCUGGUGCUGAGCGUGAUGGACACGUCCAUCACCAACUUGGAAGUGUUCUGCUACGCCAGCGAGGAGCCCGAGGAGGAGGAGAAGGAGGCGGAUGCGUCGAGACAUACCCCGGCACCAGUACAGGCUGAAGGUGAACAAGAUGCCCAGUCCGACAGCCCCACGUGCCCCCAGGAGGUGCCUGAGGGAGACGCUCCACAAGAAGGUCAAGGCCAGAUCGACGGGCUCCUACAGGACGGUGCAGAAGAGGCACCUGGCAAGGACGAGGAGGCUGCGAGCCCAGAGACCAGCCAGGCCAGAGAGGUUCAAGGAGAAGAGCCAUCUGCAAACCCGAGUCCCACGGAGGUGAAGAAGAUCAGCUAUGCAAAAAUCGUGAAAGAGGGUCGGAGGUUCAACAUUGACUUGGUGUCUAAGCUCUUGUACUCCCGCGGCUUGUUGGUGGACCUUCUCAUCAAGUCCAACGUCAGCAGAUAUGCCGAGUUCAAGAACGUCAGCCGCAUCCUGACCUACCGCGAUGGCAAAUUGGAGCAGGUUCCUUGCUCCCGGGCUGAUGUCUUUGGCAGUAAGCAGCUGACGAUGGUGGAGAAGAGGAUGCUCAUGAAGUUCCUCACCUUCUGCCUGGACUAUGAGGAGCACCCCGAGGAGUACUUGGAUUUCACGGAGAGAUCUUUCUGGGACUUCCUGCAGACGAAGAAGCUGACGGACAACAUCCAGCACUUUCUGCUACACUCCAUCGCCAUGGUGCCGCCGGAGACGCGCACAGGCGAGGGGCUGCGCUCCACCCAGUACUUCCUGCGCUCCCUCGGCCGCUACAGCAACACGCCUUUCCUCUUCCCCAUCUACGGCCUUGGAGAAAUCCCGCAGUGCUUCUGCAGGAUGUGUGCUGUCUUCGGGGGAACCUACUGUCUUCGCCACUCGGUUCGUUGCCUGGUUCUGGACAAGGAGUCUGGCCGGUGUAAAGCUGUCAUAGAUACAUGCGGACAGCGAAUCAGCUGCAGCCAUUUUGUGCUGGAGGAAGGGUACGUUCCAGAGGAGCGCAGGAAGGGUGCGGCUUGCAGACAGAUCUCCCGAGGAGUCCUCAUCACGGACCGAUCGCUGCUGCCGAGCGAGACCGAGCAGCAGCUCUCCCUGAUCACCGUGCCCCCGCUGGAGCCGGGGGCCGCAGCGGUCCGGAUAACCGAGCUCUGCUCCUCCACCAUGACCUGCAUGCCGGGCACCUACCUGGUGCACCUCACCUGCCCCGCGUCUGGAUCGGCCCACGCUGACCUGGCCCCUGUUGUGUCCCGCCUGUUCACCGAAACACCGGGAGAUACAGGCGCCGCCGACGCCGAGCGCCCCGCUGUACUGUGGGCACUCUACUUCAACAUGCGGAACGCAACGGUGCCCAGCACGGCCAGUUACGACCUGCCUGCCAAUGUGCACGUCUGCCCGGGGCCCGACGGCUUGCUGGGCAACGACCACAGCAUCAGACUGGCAGAGGAGGUGUUUCACCGCAUCGUCCCGGAUGAGGAGUUCUGUCCCCCCGCCCCAAACCCGGAAGACAUUAUAUUUGAGGGGGUGGGGCCACAGGGGGAGGGGGCUGGGAUCGGAGAGCCCUCCCAAGGCGAGGACGCCGCAGAGGCUGGACAGGAGGACGACGUGAAGACAGAGGCGGCCAAGGAUGAGAGUCUGGAGAAUGCAGGGUCGGGAGAGGCUGCCGGACAGGAGUCUGGUGUGGAGGCACAAGAGGCAGCGGCUCUGCCUUCAGCACCUCCCCCAACCCCACCCACCGACGAGUGACUCCGCCCCUUUCCCCCCCGCCUCCACCUGUAGGAGGGGCCAACUGUUAUAGCUCAGCUUUGGUAUUAUGGCACCGAGCAGAUGACAGACUGACGGGACCAGUCUCCAGUCUGCCCUCCUUUGCACGUUUAUUCACUCCUUGAGUUCUCGGUUAUGGCACAUAUGUACAGUGUAUCCUGGUUACGCUAAUCAUCUUAGGGGCUGCGGGUGGGGGGGGCUGCGGGUGGGGGGGGCUGCUCUCAGGCCCAUUUGCUGGCUUCAGGUUUCUCUCGCAGUUCCUCCUCCUCUUUCUUCUAUCUGGGUCUGUGAUGGAGGGGGGGGCUUCCCUGGACCUGCUCCUGUUUCCACUGUCCUCCAUGACACCUACGGAGAGUGACGCCUGCUGUUGGUCCCUCUGUGAGCUGAGCGUCUCCGCGGCCCGCCGGCUCUCUGCCCCCCUCUGUUUGCAUCACGCAUGCAGCACCCUGUUAUGUUAUGUUUAAGGUGGCCCACAUUAAAAAUCUAAUGGAAGCAUUUUAACUGUCAUCACAAGCAUUUUAUGUACAGAAAUAAAUUGCCCAUAUUUUUA